UAACGCUGGUUAAUUACAGCGAGUUGUAGCAAGGUAACUUCCUCCUCCAGUCCUGGCUCCUUUUUUUGCCUUCGUGGAUUGGGGUGCGAGUUGAGAAGCCUAGACAGUGCAAAUGUGUGAAGAGGGUCAACGUUGCAAAAUGUAUGUUGCUUUUUUCUCUUUCCUAAAUACGAACAUCGAGUGAAUUUGUCACUUUUCCCCCCACCGAUCGAACGGCGGACGAUAAUGUUGGCGUCAUGUAGGCUCUGCCUUUCAGACUUUGGAAAACAAAUCGGGUAUUGUCGGUGAAUUCUCGGGAGAUGGCAGAAUAGUUCGACCUGCGCCAGUUACCGAGCCCUCAUAAAGCACUUUGAAAAAGAACCCGCAAGGUCUACAAUGAUGGUUGGGGACUUGUUUCUUUUGGUUUUGAUCAUCUUGGUCCUUCCCUGUUCUAGCUUGGAAGGUGACAUCAGUGUGAGAAACUAUGAAUGUUUGUGUGACGGAGCGUCCUGCAGCAGCAGAGACAGGUGUUUCGGCCAGCAGUGCUUCACCUCCCUCUCCAUACUGAAUGGGACAUCUGUCCUUCAGAAGGGCUGCAUUGUGGCUAAUGAGGAAGAGUCCUUGCGCUGCAGAAGCCCACCAACUCCUGAGCUAGUGGUAGAGUGCUGCUAUGGGGAUUUGUGUAACAUGAACAUCUCCUUUCAGUCACCGGUGAAAGAUGUAGAACUGUCUGCUGGCAGACCAGUCCUCAGAGACCAGGAGUGUGUGUGCGAGGGCGGCGUGUGUGAGCAUCGCUGUGCAGGCCAGCAGUGUUUCUCCUCUCUGAAGAUGAUUGAUGGGAUGGCCGUCCAACAGAAGGGCUGCCUGAGGGAUGACGAGGAGGGCAGAGCCACCUGUGCUAUGCCACCCUCAUCAGCCCAUGUUGUCAAAUGCUGCCAGGGCCAUCUGUGUAACAUGAACGUCACUGUGCAAGCUCCAGGGAAAGAGGAGGAAGUAAAGCCCCUGAUCAAAGAGGAGCAUUCGUGUGUCUGUGAGGGCAGCUCAUGUGCAACUGGGAAUCGCUGCAUGGGGCACCAGUGUUUCUCAUCUCUGACUGUCAGCGCUGGCUCCUUAGUGUACCAGAAAGGCUGCUUUAAGGUCUAUGAGCAGAGCACAUUGACCUGCAAGACCCCACCUUCCAGAGACCAGAUUGUGGAGUGCUGCCAUGGGCACCUGUGUAACAUGAACAGCACUGUGGAGCUGCCUGUCAAAGCUGAUGAGCUAUCCAGCUACAGUGUGACCACACUGGCUAUUGUCAUUGUGGCGCCCAUCAUCGUCCUCAUCGUCCUCUCUGCUAUCGCUAUAAUGGUGUUCAGACGCAUCCACAACAACCAAAUGGAGAGACUAACAUCACGAGAUGCAGAAUAUGGAACCAUCGAUGGCCUUAUAGCAUCCAACGUGGGGGAGAGCACUCUGGCGGAUCUGCUGGAUCAUUCCUGCACUUCAGGAAGUGGCUCAGGACUCCCUUUCCUUGUUCAGAGAACUGUUGCAAGACAAAUCACACUCAAUGAGUGUGUGGGAAAGGGUCGUUACGGUGAAGUGUGGAGGGGUCAGUGGCAUGGAGAGAGUGUCGCCGUCAAAAUAUUCUCCUCCAGAGACGAGAAGUCCUGGUUCAGAGAGACUGAGAUCUACAACACGGUGCUGCUGAGACAUGAGAACAUCCUGGGCUUCAUAGCUUCAGACAUGACCUCGAGGAAUUCCAGUACUCAGUUGUGGCUGAUCACUCACUUCCAUGAGAUGGGCUCCUUGUAUGACUACCUUCAACUCAGCACCCUCGAUGCAUCCAGCUGCCUCCGCAUGGCCCUCUCCAUCGCAAGCGGACUGGCACAUCUCCAUGUUGAGAUCUUCGGCACCCAGGGCAAACCGGCCAUCGCCCACCGAGACCUCAAGAGCAAAAAUAUAUUGGUUAAAAAGAACGGACAGUGCUGCAUCGCUGACCUUGGUCUGGCGGUCAUGCAUUUUCAAGACACCAACGAAUUAGAUGUGGGGAACAACCCUAAAGUGGGCACAAAGCGCUACAUGGCCCCUGAAGUGCUUGAUGACUCCAUCCAGAUGGACUGUUUUGAGUCCUACAAGAGAGUGGACAUCUGGGCCCUGGGCCUUGUCCUGUGGGAGAUCGCCAGGAGGACAGUCAGCAAUGGCAUUGUAGAAGACUACAAGCCACCUUUUCAUGACGUGGUCCCAAGUGAUCCCAGUUUUGAGGAUAUGAAGAAGGUUGUGUGUGUGGAUCAGCAGAGGCCCAACAUCCCAAACAGAUGGUUUUCAGAGCCAACUUUAACCUCCAUGGCUAAACUCAUGAAGGAGUGCUGGUACCAGAAUCCAUCAGCCAGAUUAACAGCGUUACGCAUCAAAAAGACUCUCACAAAGAUCGACAACUCUCUGGACAAAAUCAAAACUGACAUAUGAGAAUGCCUCGAGAAGAAGAGGCAGACUUACUAAAGGCCUUUGAAGACAUCCAGAGGGUGGACCAUCUUAGAAAAAUCUCAUAAGACAGGAGACUUGAUGGGUUCAGUGCCCUUAUAGUGGCACAGGCCUAUAUUUAUUUUAAAACACUUGGCGGGACACAUUUUGGCAUCCAAAGAUGGCUUACUGGGCAUUUCUGAGACUGCCACUCUUCAACUUAUGACAUAGGAGCUGGACUGUUAGCAAUGUUUUUCAAGGAAGAAACUGUUACCUGGGCAUUUGAGUAGGCUUGCUUUUGUUAGAACCGCAGAUUUCAUUUGACACAUUUUUUUAGUUUAAAAAAAAUGUCUGAACAUUAUAUCAAUUUCACUUUAGCGCUUUAAUUGUACCGAAUUGUUCAUUUGCAGUAUGGUGGAUUCAUAUGGAAACUAAGUCAACUUGCCAUUUGAACUUGCCAAUUUAAUCUGCAUACUUUCUUAAACAGCGAUCACAGCAAACAGUGUUAUUUUUUACUGUGUGUCAUUCACCUCUGUUUACAAUGCUGUCAGAACAAGUUUCUGUUACAGUUUCCUGUUACAUUUAGUUGUACAGCUGCGUCAGUGGCACUGUUCUUUUCUUGAGAUAUCAUCCAUCUAAAGGUACUCUGUCGCAAACCUUUUGUAUAUCACCAUGGAUUUUACAUUGAAUUAUAUACCUGUUCUAUAUUUUGUUUCUUCAGCUUUACAGAGACAAAUGCUAAAAGAACAAAUAAAAUAUCUGCUAGAUGAUGCUGAACUCUAUUCCUCCAGAGGCCUGUAAGUAAGCCUGUAAAGCCUGUAUACUGUCUUAACGUGUGCAUUGUCAAGUAAAUGAAGUCAAACUUCAGCCUUUUUUAUUUCUUUAACAUUUUAUAUCAAUUAGUGAUUUAUAUUAAUUAAAUAGAAAACGUGCUUUA